CUACCUAUCAAAGUUGGAAUAUCAACGCUAUCUUUCAACUACCAUUCUCACUCUCACAACGCCCAUUCUUCUUCUCUAUCCAUCCAAACACGCCAUUUAUUAAGUACCCAUUCAUUUGUUUAGCUUCACCAACACAACCAAAGAAUUUUUCAAUCUCUUGUCUCUUUUUUCAAUCUCUCUGCUUAAGGUUUCAACUCUCAAUGGCUGACUUGGAUCAUUCUUCUAGUGAUGAUGUUUCUGUUGAUUCUAGAGAGGAAUCAAGCCAAGAAUCUAAGCUUGAAUUCACAGAGGAUGAAGAAACCCUUAUUACUAGGAUGUAUAAUCUUGUUGGAGAGAGGUGGCCUCUAAUUGCUGGGAGAAUUCCAGGAAGAACAGCGGAGGAAAUUGAGAAGUACUGGAAUUCCAGAUUCUCUUCAAGUCAAUAAAAUUAUUAAAAAAAAAAAUGUAAAUGGUGCUGCCUCUGUAAAAUGGGUUAUUAAAGCAGCAAAAUUUUGGGUGGUAGCUAAUCAGAAAGAAGAAGAUGUUUGGAAGGAGUUUGCUAAUUUUCUCUGGAAAGAAAAUAAAGGAAAAGAAAAGAGAAGAAAAUGCAGUAUGGGAUUUUGAUGGGAGAUAUGAUUGUGCAAACUGAAAUGGUUUCAUCGUUUUGUUAUUUUUGGAAUCAUCUGUGUGGGGGAUUGGCUUCUCUUGCUCAGUAUUAUUGUAAAUGUGUUUGCAAUUAUUAUCCUGUGAAUUAUCUUA